CAGGCCCAAAUCACCACAAACGCAAGCGAAUUAAAAACAGAACCUCGUGUUUGAUCGAAGCUAACCAUCGCUCUCAAAAUGCCGACGGACGCAGAAUCACCAUCACCGGAGGAGAAGCCAAGCACCCAUCUGCCACCGCGACCAACAGCAGAAACGGAUUUGACUUCGAUACUAAAAUCGAAAGCUCUAGAAGAAACCGCGCCAUGGAUCGACAACGCAUUGCAACAAGCUCUUAUUUACCAAAAAACCAUCCAAGAUUCACUCGACAUCGCCAUUGAAUCUUCAAAAUCUCGCUUCUCUGAAAUCAUCACAACUUCCCAGGCUCAUUUUAGCCAAACAAUUGAUUCUUUGCAAUAUUUUACGUCAGAGAUUGGUGUUUAUGAGGAUAAAUUAUUUGGCAAGGCUAAAGAGGGAAUUAAUGUUGCAGCUUCCCAUCCGUUGAUUACCAGUGCGGUUGCCGUUGGCUUGGGAUUCGUAGUUCUUAAAAGACCAAGACGCAUUUUGUACUACAAGACCUUGCGCCUUUUUACGAGUGAAGAGUUUCAACCCUAUUGCUUGUCACAGGCCUUGCUUUCCCAAGCUGAUGCUAAAGUUAAGGAAUUGCGACAGUCGAUUAGCCUCUUGAAGGCUGAAAGUGAGAAGUUGGAGAGGAGAGCAUCAUUAGCAGAAGAAGAAUUGAUCCGGGGAAGGACAAAGCUCAGGCAAGCAGGGAAGCAGAUCCAAGGUGUAAUUCGCUCAGCUUAUAAGAUCGAACGACAAGCUACGGGGUUGAGGGAUAUCCUUCGUGAAUUGCCUAGAGCAGAAGCAUCUAAAUUCCGGUCUCAAGUUUCCAGCCUUGCAUCUGAGGCAAAGCAAGAAAGGAAUGCUUUGUCCAAGGAGGUCGCAAAAAUCAGUAACCAUGGAAUCUCAGUCUGAAAUUCUCGUUGCUAUCUAUUUUUGCCCAUGUAAUGGAGGCGUAAGAUCUUAAUUUAGAAUCACAUAUCUUCCAUGCAAGAGAUGGCUUCUCUUCUUGAAGUUUGAGUUUUGAUUUUGCACUUUUAGAAACAAAAGCACUGCCAAUGAUACUUCCUCAGCAAGGGAAUAUUUGUCCGUGUGUACAUGAAUAAAUACAGAUGUGAAAGAAUUCCAUUGCAAAUGGAUAUACAACGGUAGGUGUACCGCGUUGUCUCGA